CCUUGCCAGUCACUGACUGGACUAUCGGACUGACUUCUUACUGCCUUUCUUCCUUACUGCCUGCCGCACAAUACGUAUACUUGGUUCACUCUCUACACUACAGUGUGUUGCAAUCAGAAGAGCAACAGCCAGAGUGGAGCUCUCAGCGGAAGCUCUAUUCCUAUUCUCACAGCUUGGCUCACUGCCCAUUUGAAAGCCAUUCUAUGCAGGAUUUCACGAGCGUUCUCUCUGCCGUUCUGCUUGCUAUCAUUUUGCUCCAUCAUUCCGUGGUGAUUGAUCCAGGCUGUCAGGCAGAGAGAACUGUGUUUUGAUCCAUUUCCAGAAUGAUGUUCAUCCAACCAUUAUUAGGAUAAGGAAUCACUUUAAAUAGCUAUAUUGUAUAGCUGUUGUCAUUCUUAUAUUUUGUGGACAUUUCUCUAUACAACUAAAUGCUGAAAAUGAAACACUGACUAAAAGUAUUUGAAUAAGCCAGUGUGUCACUCAUAAUGACUUCAUGGGAUGUGAAGCAAUCACAGUAGGCACUGAUCAGGGGUAAAGUCCUUCACAUAACCAACUGGAAUAGUCAAUGAAUUGGAAAUAUCCUUCAGUUCAACAAUGAAAGGAUUAUCAGGCAGCCGUAGCCAUCAUCAUGGGGUUGUAUGUGAUUCGGUAUGUGAUACCCUUCCUCACCAUACAGAUCGAAAGCCAUAUUUGUUGAAUCCAGUAGAUCCUCAUCCUGCAGAUCAUCCCUACUAUGCUCAAAGGAACUCUUAUCCUGUGGAAUGCAUGAUGCCCUAUGAUCAGAUUGCCAGUAGUACAUUUCCAAGGAGACAUUACAGUUCUCAUCAUGAUCUUAAGGAUGAGUGUGCUCUAGUUCCCCAUGGAACAGUAGGAAAAGCAAACCGCCUUCCUACAAAUCUUUUGGACCAGUUUGAAAGACAAAUCCCUAUUAAUCGGGAUGGAUACCAUACCUUGCAAUACAAAAGAAGUGCAGUUGAGCACAGAAGUGACAGUCCAGGAAGGAUACGCCAUUUAGUUCACUCAGUCCAAAAACUUUUUACAAAAUCACAUUCUCUUGAAGGCCCAACAAAAGGAAAUGCCAAUGGAAAUAAAGCCACCUCUGAUGAAGUUCAAACAGUAAGGUAUGGCAAGCGGAGUAAAAGCAAAGAAAGAAGAGCAGAAGUAAAGCCCAGAGCUAACAUUACAGGGUGGUGGGGUUCACAAGAUAAUCUGGAUAAUGAUAUUUGCAUUUAUCAUGCUCCAACUACAGUCAUGACCAUGGGGAGAUGUCCAGAUCGUUCUACAUCCCAGUAUUUUAUGGACGCAUACAACACAAUUAAUGACCAUGCAUUAAAGUCAUCAAGAAGCAAUAAUGAUGUGAAAUGUAACACAUGUACAAAUUUACCUGUGAGCCUGGAUAGUCAGAUGUUAAAAAAAAGUUCUUGGGCAUCCACACUAACAGUGAGCAGGGCACGCGAAGUGUAUCAGAAACCUACAAUAAAUAUGGACCAGGCACUGAUGAAAUCUGAUUCAUGUCAACAAGAGCGAACAUGUCAGUACCUUCAGGUUCCACAAGAUGAAUGGAGUGGGUACAGUCCAAAAAGCAAAGAUGAUGAGAUUCCUUGCCGGCGAAUGCGCAGUGGCAGCUACAUUAAAGCCAUGGGAGAUGAUGACAGUGGGGACUCUGACACCAACAGCCCUAAGCAAACUCCAAAAAUCGCAGCACGAAGAGAAAGUUAUCUUAAGGCUACUCAACCAUCACUCACAGAACUCAGCACACUCAAAAUAUCAAAUGAACACUCUCCCAAACUUCAGAUACGAAGCCACAGUUACUUGAGGGCAGUAAGUGAAGUUUCAAUAAACAGGAGCAUGGAUACUCUGGAUCCAUCCGCUCUUCUGACAUCUCCUAAAUUUCGCUCGAGGAAUGAGAGUUAUAUGAGGGCAAUGAGUACAAUCAGUCAGGUCAGUGAAAUGGAGGUGAAUGGCCAGUUUGAAUCUGUUUGUGAGUCUGUAUUUAGUGAGCUUGAGUCUCAGGCUGUGGAUGCACUAGAUCUUCCAAUGCCAGGCUGUUUUCGAAUGAGGAGUCACAGCUAUGUAAGAGCCAUUGAAAAAGGAUGUUCCCAAGAUGAUGACAGUGUAUUGCUAAGGCCAUCAUCACCUCCACGCACAACUACCACAGUGAGGACCAUUCAGAGCAGCACCGUUUCAUCAUGCAUUACUACAUAUAAAAAGACACCACCUCCAGUACCACCAAGAAACACUACCAAGCCAUUCAUAUCAAUCACGGCUCAGAGUAGCACAGAGUCUGCCCAGGAUGCCUACAUGGAUGGUCAUGGCCAAAGGGGAGAUAUCAUUAGUCAAUCAGUGCUCAGUAAUUCCACUGAGAGCCUGGACAGCAUGAAAGCACUUACUGCUGCUAUAGAAGCUGCCAACGCUCAGAUCCAUGGCCCUGCCAGCCAGCACAUGGAGAACCUCGCCACACAGAAUGCCCACUCCAUGGCAGCUACCAUCACUGCGGAGGAAAGAAAAAGGAACCUAUUUAGGAAAAACCUGUCGAUUGGAAUACAGGUUGACGGGCCAGAGGAAGCAGCCAAAGCGCAGGAAAGACAAGAAGCUUUUCGCUACCAGUCCGUUGGAAUUCAAGUGGAAGAAGAAAGAGCGUUACGUCGACUGGCCCGGUCGAACAGUGUUACCGCUUCUGUGCAAGCAGAUCUGGACCUCAGGGAGCAUUUUGAAUGUCCAGUGGAACUGGCUGACCAGGAAUUUCAGUUCAGUCGGCCGCUGACCAAACAGUAUUCACGAGAUGCUUGUACUUCCACUGUCAGCAUCCAGGGCUCAGGCAACCAUUAUCAUGCUUGUGCAGUGGACGAGGACUUUGAUGCUGAUUUUGAUCCUUCCAUAUUACCUCCUCCAGAUCCAUGGAUAGAUUCUAUUACAGAAGAUCCAAUGGAAGCAGUUCACAGGUCGGUUUGUCACAGAGAUGGACAUUGGUUUUUAAAGCUUCUACAGGCAGAAAAAGAGAGAAUGGAGGGCUGGUGCCAGCAAAUGGAGCGAGAGGAACAAGAAAAUGACCUUGCCGAUCCCAUCUUAGAAAAGAUUCGCAGUGCAGUUGGUUGUGCGCAACUUUUAAUGUCGCAGAAAUUCUACCAGUUCAGAGAGCUCUGUGACGAGAACCUGAAUCCCAACGCUCACCCCAGGCCCACUUCUCAGGAUUUAGCUGGGUUCUGGGACAUGCUACAACUCUCCAUAGAAAACAUUAGCAUGAAAUUUGACGAACUUCAUCAGCUAAAGGCCAAUAACUGGAAACAGAUUGACCCUGUUGAUAAAAAGGAGAGACGGGUCCCUCCUCCCGUGCCAAAGAAGCCAUCGAAAGAUCAGGCCCCACUGGUCCGGGACAGGUCUCUGGAAAGUACAGAGAGACAACGGCAUGAUGCUCGGAAACGGCUAAUGUCUGCAAAGCGUGCUGCAUCUGUCCGACAGAACUCAGCCACAGAGAGUGCGGAUAGCAUUGAGAUCUACAUCCCAGAGGCUCAAACCAGGCUAUGAAGCCACCACAAGAAAGACUGGAGAUAUAAUAUACUGGGGAUAUAUUAUGUAUCAUAUCUAUUUACAUAUAUAAUAUAUCCUUUAGUUUGGUUGAAAAGAACACAAUCCCAUGUACAUGUAUCUGUAUUUUUCUCUUGUCUUUCUAUUGCUCUCUCUUUUAUUGCAGUUCUUUUUUCCUUACCUACUGCUUCCAUUAUUGUGUCCCCUAGUUGUGGUGUCAGCUGCCAUUUCUAUAAGGCUUUGAUAGCCCUGCUUUUUUUUUUCAAUGCCCACUCAUUUCACAAUUACGAUGCUCUUUGAACACAAAUCAACGAUGCCUCCAUCGCACAUGUUCAAUAGAACUGUCUCAUUUAUUUAUUUAUCAUUUUUACAUAUAAGGGGAAAGAAAAGGAAAACACAAACUCAGAUUUGUUCCUUUGUAUAAAAUGCAUUAUUAUGGCCCUGGUUCCUUCCUCCCUCCUUUUGUAUAGAGCUACAGCAGUCUUUAAUCUAGUGUACAGCAAUAGAAAAUUGUAGGUUAUGCAGUACUGUGGACUCUAAUGUCUUCCUAUUUUAAAUGUGAAAAAGCACUGGAUCAUGUUCCCCACUUCUUUUUUUAUUGUUACGGCAGAUGGAACACUUUAGUCCAGGUCACAGAUUUGCCACAGCCUUUGGCCGCAGGUGUCAGAAAAAGCAAGUUUUGGCAAUGAAAGAGGUACAGCUUUCAAGAAAGGCCGAUAAAGGCAUUAAACUAAAUGUAGAUUUACCUUUAAAACACUGCUGACUACUUCAGCAACACAUCUGUGCACUAUAAAGCACACUUACAAGUAGUUUCGUUUGUGCAAUUUAUUUUACCAAUUGUAUAUAUCAAUAGUAAAUCAUACGUUUGAUAUUUACUAAGGAAUAAUACACUCAGCUAGAAGAAAAACGCAAAUAGCAAAAUCCAAAAGGAGAUUUAAGAAUAGAUUAUAGCUUAAUACAUAAUAUACUAUUCAUCCAGAGAGGCAAUAAACCCAAAUUCACUAUUUUUUUUUAUUUUUUUUAUUUUAAUAUAUGCCAAUGAUGAUAAAAUAUUGAAUUACACAAUCAUUUGUUUUGGGUUUGCAGCCUACAAUUCUAGAAUAACUGGAUUGUUAGAUUAUAAAAUGAGAGAUUGCUUGUGUAACAUUUUACAGGACCCUACAUUCAGACUAGAACAGGGAUAGCUACAUCUUGACUCUUCAGCUAACAGGGACUAUAUAUCCCAUGAUGCUCAGGUGUAGUAUAGCGAUCCAGCUGUAGAGGCAAAGGUUGGUUAAAGGAUAGGAUGAGUUGAUGAUAAAAAUAUUUCUCUGUGUGGAGGAUAACUAUACAGAAUUCAGGUUAAGAUUGAUUUUAAUGUAGCCAUGCAAAAUAAUUUUUCAAUAGGUUUCCCGAAUUAGGGGCCAUAUGGUCCCCACACUGUUACAGACAAAAUAUAAGAGUCUUUAUUCUCUUCCAACAAAUUAACUAAACAUAUCAAAAUCAAUGUGUUCAAUGUUUGUUGAAAACUGGUAAACUGAAAAAAAACUUUUCACAAAAUCUUAUAGGGAUCUCAGUGUUCAGUGCAACCUCUAGUAGCAUCUAAUUUAUUAAAAUUAAUGGGAAAUAUUUGCACCAGUUAAUGGAAGCUGCUGGCCGGUUCCAUUCACUCAUGUGAGUGAUAACCAAUUUUGUUUCAAUGAAUGAGGUGCUCACAGCUGAAUUGCACAUAAACUGGCACAUAUGUUACAUGCACAGGCUCACGCUCAUUAUUUCUGCCUUAGGAAUUAUGGAAGGUGAGAGAUUGGCUGCGAGAUCUCGGUAGACGUGUGCAUUCGGUUUAAAACUAAUUUACAUUCGUCCAAAUUUUGGCCAAAGAGUGGGAUGUCCGAAUUUUGUUAACUCCAAAUUGCCAUAUGACUGAAUCACGAAACAACCAAAAUGGACAAUGAACAGUUUUGUUUGUUUUGGAGAUCUGCUAGUGCCACAAAAAUAUAUGAUGAUUAAAAAAAGAUGAUUGAUAGUUAGAGGAUAGCCAAUAUUUAUAUUAUUCACAGAUCAAUCGA